UGGCGGUAAUUUACCUUUCGUUUGCCAACCGCCAUUUCAAAAACACAGCAGAAAAAAUGUGUAUGUACACGUCUUUGGUUUCCCCACGGAACAUAAUAGAGGGAGCACCAAAAUGGCGACUUCCUUACUUUGGCUAGGACAACUGGGGUCUCUCAAGGCUCUCCAGCGAGAGAGCUGGGGCCUUUUGAGGUGCCCCUCUGUGGCUGCAUUCUGCACCAAGGUGGAGGAGCCAAAGAAAGCUGUUAAAAAGGCGAAGGCUGCAAAGGCGGCAGCGGCACCUCUAGCGCCAGCCCCCGAGCCUUUCGACAACAGUACUUACAAGAACCUCCAGCACCACAACUACAACCACUACACCUUCGCAGACCUGGACCUGGAGAUGGCCAAGUACCGUCUUCCCCAGCCCUCCUCCGGCAGACCCUCCCCCAGGCACUGAGAUGGACACCAGGCCACAUGACCCCAACCCCAUGUCCCCAGACACCAUGUCUCUGAUCCCACUGCCCAACAUACCUACCCUGGGUGUCUUUUAAGAAUUAUUACCCCCUCUACUUUACGAUUCUUAAGACGUGCUUGUAAUUGUUAUAGAAAAUAUAUGAUAUUAAACUACACACCAAAGGGA